AAAUCUAUUGGUCGCGGUCUCGGGCUUCGCCAUCCAAUGCUCUGCUGAUCAGACUGCAGUUGUGUUUGGAGAGAGAGGGGGGGAGAAGUUGGCAGCUGGCGGAUCGCGGAGAAAAAGGCGUUUUUUGUUGUUGUUGCUGUCUCUCCGGCGCGCUCGGACAGUGGAAUUAUGAGCAGAGCUGACCCAGCCUCUAUCACCCUGUCCUGAAUCCCUUGUUGUUUUUUUUGUUGUCUUUUAAAAAAACACACGGAGAGAAAGAAAAAAAAAAAAAAAACCAGAAAAAGAAAAAGAACAAAAAGAGCCCGACCAUGGAGAUCGGAGUCCGCAUCGUCUUGGCUCUCCUCGUCCACCAGGUUGCCCGUGUGGGCGGCCAAGAGGACGCAGGCCAUGAGGGCUGUGCGCCGGGCUUCCAGGUCAAACAUUACCAGGUGGCGUACAGUGGACCUUUUCAGAAAGGCCAGUCGCUCGCACAAGUGGAGUUCGACGACUGCGCGGGGAACGAGGGCGUGACGUUCGACGUGUCGGACCCCGGCUUCCAGGUAGACGGGGAUUUGAAUCUGGUCCCACACCAAGACGUCCCGUACAGCGGGCCGGUCCUCUUCAUACACGGCGUCAGUGCACACGCAGACGACAUGGCGCUGGUGGAAGUCACCGGGCUGCCGCUCCGGUCGCCGCACACGCCCAGGAACAUCCUGGGUCUCGGCCAGACGGUGCCAAACAGACACAAGAGAUCCCUGCUGGUGCCUCCUAUGAUCGUUACGGAGAACCAAAGAGCUCCUUUCCCCAGGCUCAUUGGCAGGUCUCAUGUGAUUUUAUCAGACAGGUCGGAAAACCACAUCUUCCGACUGACAGGCCCCGGUGCUGACCAGGAUCCCAGAGGUCUCUUCAUCAUUGACAUAGACACAGGAGAGGUGUCAGUCAGCCGCUCACUAGACCGGGAGGCCAUUGACUCCUACGAGCUGGAGGUAUCAACCACAGACUUCGCUGGAAACCUUGUCGACGGGCCCGCCUUACUACUGAUCACUGUCAUCGACCAAAAUGACAACCGGCCCAUCUUCAAAGAGACACGUUACACAGGAGAGGUGCUCGAAGGAUCCCCUACAGGAACCACGGUGAUGAGGAUGACGGCGCUAGACGCCGACGACCCCGCCACGGACAACGCCGCGCUGCGCUACAACAUCAUCCGGCAGUCGCCCGACAAGCCGUCCCCCAACAUGUUCUACAUCGACGCCGAGAGGGGCGACAUCGUCACCGUCAUCUCCCCUGCGCUACUUGACAGAGAGACGCUGCCGACCACGACGUACGAGCUGGAGAUCGUGGCGAAGGACAUGGCAGGAAGUGAGGUGGGCCUCACGGGAACGGCCACGGCGACCAUCACCAUCACAGACAAGAACGACCAUGCGCCCGAAUUCACACAUCCGCUGUUUGAGGCGUCUGUGAACGAGGGUUCGACGGGGGUCGUGGUCAACCUCACCGUAGACGACAGAGACGAUCCCGCCACGGAGGCGUGGAGAGCCAUCUACUCCAUAAGUAAUGGCGAUCCCACGCAGAGCUUCGAGAUCCAUACCAAUCCGGACAAUAACGAAGGAAUGCUGUCUGUCGUCAAGCCGCUGGACUACGAGGCCAAAAAGUUCCACACGCUACUCAUCAAAGUGGAGAACGAGGACCCGUUGGUCCCCGAUGUCGGCUACGGCCCGAGCUCCACGGCCACCGUCCACGUCAGCGUUCUGGACGUCAACGAGGGCCCCGUCUUCUUCCCCGAUCCCCUGGUAGUCACCAGGAUGGAGAACGUCCCCGUGGGCAGCUUUGUGGCCUCACUCAAUGCUACAGAUCCAGAUAUACUGCAGAUGCAGAGCAUCAGGUACGCUGUCCUGCGAGACCCAGCAGGCUGGCUGAGUGUGAACCCGGUCAGAGGAACUGUCAACACCUCGGCCCCGCUGGACCGCGAGUCUCCGUAUGUCCACGACAACAGAUACACGGCCGUCUUCAUCGCCACGGACAACGGUUACCCUGCAGCCACAGGUACCGGCACGCUGGUCAUCUACCUGGAGGACUACAAUGACAACGCCCCCUAUGUGGUCCCGUCGGUAGCGCAAGUGUGCGAAGACGCCCAUGACAUGAACGUGGCCAUAGUCGGGGGAUGGGACAAGGACCUCCCGCCCAACGGCGCUCCCUUUAAGAUAGAGCUGGGGAAACAGCCCGGUCUGGACAAGACAUGGAAAGUUGCCAGAGUCAACUCCACACACUCGCAGAUCAUGAUUUUGCACAGUCUGAAGAAAGCCAACUACCAGCUUCCGUUGAUCAUCACCGACUCGGGGGUGCCCCCUUUGUCCAACAGCACAGAGGUCAAAGUUCAGGUGUGCGUCUGCAAGAAGAACAAGAUGCACUGCAGCUCCGCGCACUCCCACCGCAACAGCCUCCCGGUGCUGCUCGCGACACUCCUGCUCACCCUACCCUAAAAGUUGCUGAGGGUCCAGACAGUCGUCACUGUGUCGAGCGGGUUCAACAUACACAACCCUGUGAUGUCUCUGUCUGACAUUCUCCUCCGCUUCCCCGUUUGUCAUUGAUAGAUUUCAAGGUCGCUCUCUAAUUUCCUGUGUUGUCUUAUGCACAGAAAGGUGCUAAACAGGAGGCCCCUUGAUUUGCAAAUGAGGCGGCCGAUGAUAAAUGGAGGUUGCGGAUGUCAGUGCACGAUGCCCAACAACGCGGCGUCUGCCUUCAUGUGAUAGUGCGUCAUAUAUUACUUGCUAGAUUAAAAAAAACAAAAAACAGUAUCCCCAUGAAUAAAAACUCAAUUUAUAAACAAAACCCUUGGUGUAAACUUGUGGAAGGAAGGUGUUUAAGUUCAUCUGUUCUCCACUGUGUUCUAUCCGCACUGAUAACAAUAAGGUCACAGUGAGAGGAUUCUGAUUUUGUAUUAGUCCAAAGUACCAUGUUUAUGUAAAACAGCUAAAGUUCAUUUUAUUUUUGCCUCUUCUUUUUCUUUCAUGGCUUUGAGGUAUUGAGGUUUUUGUUUUUUUUAACAUCAAGCUAUUUUACAUUGUUGGGAUUUGGGAAAAGCUUUGGCAACAUGAAUGCCAGUUCCCCAGGGACCCGUCUUCAGGCCCGGUGGUCUUUUAAAAUGACAUGUUGAUUAAAGCGUAAAUCAUAUUAGUAGUGCCCUGUGCCCGGAGAAUGUGUCUCCCCUGCAGAUUGGCUGACGUCACGGUCCGAGACUCCGAGGUUGGUAUGAUGCACAUCAGCCUUGGCUGUGUGCGUGGAGAUCCCCAAUCUGAGCUGCUCCACGCAAACAUGCAUGAAGCGGUCGCCUUAUUGUUUCAUGAAGCACAGGGUUUCAUUACGCCGGUCCCGCCAAACCAGGCCGGCGGCAGGGAGGCGCAUCAGAGCUCCCCAGAGUCCCAAUUUGUUGUCACUGCUGGGCUCACGCUGCCUCUUUGCGGUCGGGAAGCGGCAAAGAUUUACUGGAAACAAAAUGCACGCAGGAUUUCUGCGACACAUCAGUGAAAAGACUCGAACACCACCUUAUCUGUGACCAACAGUCUCUUCUCUCUGUGCCUCCACUUUUACAAAAAUAUACAUACUGUACAUAAUUCAUCCGUUCCCCUUUUUCUUGUGAUGUACACCAGCGUGGCUGCAGCAGCUCCCUUCCAGUGUCAAAAGGAAAGACAUGCUACUGAUAUAAUAUACUGCACUACUCGAUCACAGUAAUACUACUGCACUACUCGAUCACAGUAAUACUACUGUACUACUUGAUCACAGCAAUACUACUGCACUACUCGAUUACAGUAAUACUACUGUCUAUGAGCAAGAUGACAAGGGAAACGUGCCGUGAAAGCUAGAAACCUGUCAGUCAAGUGUCCGUUGAAGUGUGAUUGUAGCACUUUCAAUUUUUUCAAGUGACAUUUCACCGUGCCGUUUCUCUAUGCUUGUAAGUCUGUAGAUCAUAUAACAGAAUUAGUUCCAUUUAACGAGAAUUUACAGUAAUGUUUAGAGGGGGGGGGGUGCAAUUUGCAUUACAAUUAAAGGAAUUUGCUCGGAGAUUAACAGCACCCAGGGAUGAAUUUCCUCUCUUAUUAGCUGUGAAAUCACGAUGGUGGGAAUAUUACAGAAUAGAAGUCAUGCAUUACACUUGUAGAUUAUAAAGCGAAGACCUUACGUUCCCAGUUUGAAAGACUGAUUUAAAAAGUCAGUCGCAAACGGGAAACAAGCAGCCCCUUCCUGUGACAUCACCCAGCACCGCCUCUGUCACUGGAACAUUAACAUACAGCAGGUCCAGAUGAUGUUCAACAAUCUGCACUUCACUAUCUGGUUAAGUGUUUGUAUCACCAGUAUUUGGUUAAGGUCAGAGAAAGAGUAUGAUUCUGACAGUUAAAUAGGGUUUGUUCGAGCGUAGGCAACAAAAGCACUUGGUUCAAGGCAAAGAUGAUGAAAACGUCUGUGAAGGGAAUCCGUGAAAGUUUUCCUUUACGUAGUUCUGAUAUAAAACAUGCAUUCACCAGAUCCUCAUCUUGCUUUGCUACUCUGGGUAUUGUCCAAUAAUUUCUAUAUAAUAAACAGUAUCACACAACAAAUUAUUGCCGUGGAGUUAUGUUUAUAAGGAUCCCAUGUUUUGUAAUGAUG